CCGGAUCAGCGUGUCUACUGCCGUUUCGUCUCGUUUCCAAGUCCGUCCGUCCCAUCCCGUCGGCCUCCACCCUGUCCUGUGCCAUUGGCCAAUCAGCUCCGCCCCCUCAUCCAAGAACCCGCACGCAGAAACAAAAUCCUACGCGCCGGAGCCGUCCAAGAACCCGCAUCCCAUUCCCAUCCCCCGCCCGCCCGUCGAGAUCAGUGUACAGGCGAAGAGGAAGUUCGCAGGAGCUGCGCGGUGGCGGGGCCAUCCGAUCCGGCCGCCCGCGCCGGAACCAAUCUGAGGAGCACGCGAUCGCGGCCAUGGAGGGAAGGAUGGGGGGCGCAGGCGGAGGCGGGGGCGGGCCGCAGGAGCUGUCGGCGGACAACGUGCGCGGGAUAGUGCUCGCGCUCCUCUCCAGCGGCUUCAUUGGCUCCAGCUUCAUCAUCAAGAAGAAGGGCCUCCGCCGCGCCGCCGUCUCCUCCGGCAUCAGCGCAGGGGUGGGUGGGCACUCCUACCUCCUGGAGCCCCUAUGGUGGGUCGGCAUGAUCACCAUGAUCGUGGGAGAGAUCGCCAAUUUCGUGGCCUACGCCUUCGCCCCCGCGGUGCUGGUUACUCCUCUGGGAGCACUGAGCAUAAUCGUCAGUGCAGUGCUGGCCCAUUUCAUCCUGAACGAGAGGCUGCACGCGCUGGGGGUCCUCGGCUGCGUGAUGUGCAUCGCGGGGUCGAUGGUGAUCGUCAUCCACGCGCCGCUGGAGCAAGAGAUCACGUCGGUCAAGGAGAUAUGGCACAUGGCAACGCAACCAUCUUUCUUGCUAUAUGUUGCUUCGGUUAUAGUCCUGGUCUCUGUGCUGGUGUUCCAUUUCUCCCCUCUAUGGGGGCAGUCGAACGUCUUGAUCUACACCGCCAUUUGCUCUUUGAUGGGUUCUCUUUCGGUUAUGAGUGUUAAAGCUCUUGGUACAUCCUUAAAGUUGACUUUUGAGGGGACGAAUCAGUUAGCAUAUCCUGAGACGUGGUUCUUUAUGCUUGUCGUGGCUAUUUGUGUGCUGACACAGAUGAAUUACCUCAACAAGGCACUUGAUACAUUUAACACGGCAGUUGUAUCACCAAUUUAUUAUGUGAUGUUUACAUCAUUGACAAUACUCGCAAGCAUCAUAAUGUUUAAGGAUUGGUCCGGUCAGAGCCUUGGAAGCAUUACUUCUGAAAUAUGUGGCCUGAUUGUCGUGUUGUCUGGUACCAUUUUGUUGCAUGUCACCAAGGAUUACGAAAGGAUCCCUCAAUCGAGAAUAGGCCUUUACGCACCGUUGUCUCCCACGUCGGCAACAAGAUUGAAUGGAGAACUACUAAGGCACGUCGAGGAGGAUGCGAGGAGAACCGACAACGAAGAGAAAGUCUUGAGACGGCAGGAGAUGUACUAGGCAUUGGAGGAUGGCAGCGAUGGAUGACGGAGCAGCUGUGAUCAACACAUUGCCGGCCACUCCAUUGUGUUGUGUUGCCUUGUACAUAAUUUGAUAUUGCAGAAGCUGGGAGAUACGGUAUCCGGGAGACGGCGGAGUUUCACCAGAUAGGAUCUGUGCACAGAUUGUUGCCAAGUUUUCUUUUCCUCAUCAGCAACUUUUUGUUUUUGUUUUUUUGAGUUUUGUCCACGGCAUUUUUCCUCCUCUUCUUCUUGUACUGUUUGAGUUUGUUGACUUGUUCGGAGCGAUCAGGCAGAGCUUUCAUGUAUCUGAACUGUGAAUCUUGUACAUCCUGUUAGCGCCGUUCUUGUAGAAUUCCGAUUUUCGGCUUUUGUUUCACCGUCACCCUUGUUUGAGGAUAACCAAUAAUUUGUCCAAGAAAAAGAUUUAUGAUCAGUUUGGAACAUGGAUCUUUUUUUACAGUC